AUGAUUAAGCAGAGCCCCCUAAAUCUCGUUUUAAUUGCGCCCCCAGCGUCCUGCCGCGCUCCGCGCCUCCUCCGGGCAGCACACGCGCUCCGGAGGGGCCGGGCCCGGCGAGCAGCGAGCGCGUUUCCAUGGCACCGAGGCUGCGGGGGCUGCGGGGCCGCGGGGCUAGCAGGUUUCCAGUCGUUCCCGUCGGAGCAAGGGCGCUCAUCUCUGCGGCCCGAGCGCCACCCAGGCGUUCCGCCCGCGAGCUCCUCGUCGUCGGUGAUGCCUAGUGGGGCCGAGCUGCUGCCUUGCCCUCCGCAGGGAGACGCAUCUCACCGGCCCCGCGAGCCCCGCACACCAACUUCUGCCCUGCGAGCUCAACUUCUGCACGGGGCUCCGACUUGCGGAGCCGGAGUGGCGCGCGGCGCGCAGCCGGGGUGGCGGCUGGAGCUGCUCCACCCCGCGGAGAUGAUCUGGCGACUGUGGCUCUGGUGCUUCUGCGCUUGGGUGGCCGCCGGCUGGCCGCCAGGCAGCGCCCUUCAGCUCCGGCCAGGCAUGCCAAAUGUUUGCGAAGAAGAGCAGCUGACUGUGGUGGGACUUCGACGGCUGCGUGUCCAAGCGUUCACGCACAUCAUCAAGCUCCGGAAGCAGGGCUGCACCAGCCCGCGGUGCUGUGUGGGUUACGAAAGAAGGACCCGAUACUACACCAUCUACAGACAGGCAUACAGCCUGGAGCAGCAGACCAUCUACAAGUGCUGCCCUGGUUGGAGCCGGUGGGACAAUGAACCUGGCUGCCUAUGCUCUGUCUCUGCAGUGGAGACUUGUGUCCAUGGGAAGAGAUGCUCAGAGGGUGAAGUCCAGCGGUGCCAGUGUUCGGAGGGUUUUCAGGGACCCCACUGUCAAUAUGAUAUAAACGAAUGUAGCUCUGACAAUGGUGGCUGUCAGGACCAAUGCUGUAAUACAAUUGGCAGUUAUUACUGCAAGUGUCAAGCUGGCCAGAAGCUGGAGGAAGAUGGCAGAGGAUGUAGAGAUGUCGAUGAAUGUGCGGUGGUGAAUGGAGGCUGCCAGCAGCGCUGUGUUAACACUCUGGGCACCUUCCACUGUGAAUGUGAUACAGGAUACAGACUCCAUGCUGAUGAACGCACCUGCAUAAAGAUGGACCCCUGCACGGGCGGGAAUGGAUGUGCCCACAUCUGUCAGAGUGAGAAUGGCAUGGCCAGGUGUGCCUGUCACUCAGGGUACCAACUAUCUGAAGACAAAAAGGCCUGUACCGACAUAAACGAAUGCGCUGAAAGGCUUGCUCCCUGCAGCCAUCGCUGUGUGAACACAGUGGGAUCUUUCACUUGUGCCUGCCAACCUGGUUUUGAGCUGGGAGCUGAUGGAAAACAGUGUUACAGGAUUGAAUUGGAAAUUGUCAAUAGCUGUGAAAAGAACAAUGGUGGUUGUUCCCAUCACUGUGAACAUGCAGUUGGUGGGCCCCGAUGCUCCUGUAACCAUGGACACCGGCUCGAUUCAGAUGAGAAAACAUGCAUAGACCUUGAUGAGUGUGACAGUGGAGAAGCCUGCUGUGCCCAGUUCUGCAUCAACUAUUCAGGAGGCUAUGAAUGCAGUUGUCAGGAAGGCUUUCAGAUCAGUUCUGAUGGUUGUGGGUGUGAUGAUGUGGAGGAGUGUCUGGAUGUCAGUAUCAUCUGUGAUCAACUGUGUAUCAAUUCUGUUGGAACCUAUGAGUGUUCUUGUGAGGAAGGCUACAGAAUUGGAAGUGAUGGGAAAACUUGCAUCUCAUGUGGAAUCCAGGCAUUUCUCUGUGUGGUCUUAGCUUUAGAUGAUGAACUAGAGGAAGAAGAAGAAUUAGACAUUGUGAAGUUUCUGGGUCUCCUAUUCAAGAGCCCACCUCAACUGCUUCAUUAUGUGGCCACCUCUCUGCCUCUCUCCCAUGAAGAUGAAGACCAUGAGGAAGAGGGACAUGAUAUUCCAGGAGAACUGACUGAUUUGCACAAUGUUGUUUGUUUAGAUAACACCUUUGGACACGAAUGCAGUUUGAGCUGUGAGGACUGCAUGAAUGGAGGCCAAUGCCAGGAAGUAAAGAGUGGGUGUUCCUAUCCCCAUGGCUGGGAAGGCAUUCUUUGUAAUGAAACUCGUUCCCCAGAGACCAGUGUGAGAGAGUAUGAUGACUUCUGUGACUGUCAGAAUGGAGGCACCUGUGACCCUCUGACUGGGCGAUGCAAGUGCCCCCCAGGGGUUCAUGGGAAAACCUGUGCAGACGGAUGCCCAAAAGGAUUCUUUGGGAAGAAUUGCAAAAGGAAAUGUAACUGUGCCAACAAUGGCCAUUGCCACAGGGUAUAUGGAGCCUGUUUGUGUGAGCCAGGGCACUAUGGGAGGUUUUGUCAUUUGAACUGUCCCAGGGGGGCCUACGGAGCUGGCUGCUCUUCAGAAUGUCAGUGUGUGGAGGAGAACACCCUGGAAUGCCGUGCCAGAAAUGGCAGUUGCACCUGCAAAUCUGGUUACCAAGGCAACAGAUGCCAGAGAGCCUGCUCUGAUGGCCUCUGGGGAUCAGCAUGCCAAUUCUUCUGUGGACCCUGUGAGAAUGGAGGUCAGUGCAACAAAGAAACUGGAAACUGUGACUAUCUUCCUGGUUACAUGGGAAAAGCCUGUACCCUAUUUUGUCCACCAGGCACAUUCGGGAAGGACUGUAAACAGGUAUGUCAGUGUUCAGCUGAGAAUGAGGAGUGUCACCCAGUCACAGGGAGAUGUACCUGUCUGCCUGGCUACCAUGGAAACUGUUGUCAUCUCCGAUGCCCAAAAGGCACUUAUGGCCCUUACUGCCGAAGGAAGUGUAAGUGCCUGAUUGGUGGCAGCUGUGACACCAUGAUUGGCGCCUGUGACUGCCUCCUGGCUUCAUCGGGGCUGACUGCAGUCAAAUAUGUCCUCCAACAAAAUAUGGCCCAAAUUGUGAGCUAAAAUGCACCUGUAAAAAUGGUGGCCUUUGCAAUCCUGUAAAUGGAAACUGUACCUGUGCCCUUGGAUGGACAGGAGAUUAUUGUGAAAAAGAAUGUUUUCCUGGUUAUUAUGGUCCAGGCUGCCAUUUUAAUUGCACAUGUCAGAACAAUGGAGUUUGCAAUAGGUUUUCUGGAAGAUGUGAAUGCCUCCCUGGUUACCAUGGAAGAGACUGUGAACAUGCAUGCCUUCCUGGAUUUUAUGGUUUGAACUGUGCUCACGUCUGUGACUGCAAAAAUGGGGCCAGUUGUGAUGCAGCCAGUGGACAGUGCAUUUGCCCAGCAGGUUUCCAUGGCAACCAGUGUGAAAAAGAAUGUUCAGCUGGAAUGUUUGGAGACAAUUGCCAUCAACUUUGUGAUUGUGAAAGAGAAAGCUCCUGCCACCCAGUAACUGGAAAAUGCCUCUGCCCACCUGGGAAAAAUGGAGGGAGAUGUGAUGCUGAAUGCAGGUCAGGCCAGUACGGACCCAACUGCUCUCUGAAGUGCCGGUUCAUCCACACAGCUCACUGAGACCCUCUUAAUGGGCACUGCAAUUGCCCCCCACGGAGAAUGGGUCCAACCUGUGAGGAAGAUGGUUUGGACGAUCCUCAGUAACCAAAAGCUAACAGCUUUUCAGCGGAUGAAUAGAAUUUUGCUGAGGUUCACCCAUGGUUCAUCAUCUUAACUUUGGCAGAGAAAUGUACUUACUCAACCAUCUUCAGCCCAACCUCGCCUGUUGUGAGGUGAAAGACAGGACGUCUCAACUUUAUGGCCUCCAAGGACAAGUUCCACUCUCUAGCCUACCCUUCCCAACUCGCUGAAGAACAUGCCCAAGAAAAAGAGAAUGUUUUUUCAAGGUCCCAAAUUGUAGUAACAUUUUGGACUAAUAAAUGAAACUCUUUUUUUUAUAUGCACAGGAGGUAUUUAAAUUUGGAAGUAAGAACUGCUUUUCAGUUCAGGUUGGACUGCACUGAAAUAUUCACACCUAUUCACUGAAGACCUCAGUGACCAUUAAGUAGCUGGAUCCUCUUUAGAAAUGUCUAGAAUUUCAUCUAUUUAUUCUCAGUAUCCUGCUUCACAGCUAAAUCAGCUUCAGAUUGUUAAUGUAUUGUAUUUCAAACAUGACUUUUGGUGUGGGAGGCUAUUAAGACUUUAGCCACAUAAAGAUCAGGGUUAAAGUAUGACGUGCAGACUUACAAUGAAUCAUCAAAAUGUUUAAUGGAGUUCUCCUCAUCAUUGGUCAGCAGACAGGAAGAAAAAGAGUACAACUGAUCAAGGGAAGUGCUUAGCCUGCUCCACAGAUUUCCCAUGGAGUAGGACCUGAUUGGAAGUAAGCUUUUAAUCCACACUGUAAUCUUGACCCAAGCUGUUCAUCAUUUAGGUCGGUUCUAUAACAUGUGUAAGCAUGAGCCAUGUGAUGAGCCCCAGAGAGACAUAUCAAUAAAUAUGAUUAUAUUCUUGCUCUCAA